AUGAGCGAACCAAAUAUUUCAGAAGACAGUAAUAUAGUGGACAACAAUGAGACAGUGGGACAAACCACGACAACCACCAGUAAUACAGAGAACAAGGACAACACAGUUCUAGAGGUCGACAAGGAGACCACCGAGACCAAGGAAGAGUCGUCAUCGUCGGAAUUAAAUAACCAUCCAGCCACCCCACUCGCAGAUCCACACCACAACCCAUCUACAGCAAACAGCAGCGACAUUAGCAGCAACGAUCACGACGAAGCAGCACCAACAACACCCAAAUACACCUCUGUCAAGGACAUUGGCAUUUCCACAGAAAAGAACCCACGUUUUAGACGUACAAUGGAGGAUGAACAUGUCUCCCUUGACGGCUUUGGUGGUGUCCCAGACCAAGCUUAUUUUGCCAUCUAUGAUGGUCAUGGUGGCAGAGGUGCUGUCGACUAUACUGCCAAGAAUCUUCACCUUAACUUAUUAAAAGAAAUCGAAAAUGAUCCAGAAAAUAUUCAAGAAGACAUAAAGAAGAGUUAUCUCGAUACAGACGAACAAAUGGGGAACGAACCAAUCCAAUUCUCUGGAACUACCACCAUUACCGCACUCCUUAGAAAAAAUAAUGAUGGUGAAAAACAUCUUUAUGUUGCCAAUGCUGGUGAUGCUCGUGCUGUAAUUUGUAAAAACGCUGUUGCUGAAAGAUUGUCAUAUGAUCAUAAAGGAUCUGAUUUGGAAGAGACCAAACGUAUUAUAAAUGCAGGUGGUUUUGUCGUAAACAAUCGUGUAAAUGGUAUUUUGGCAGUAACACGUUCACUCGGUGAUCAUUCAAUGAAGGAAUAUGUCAUUGGUGAUCCAUACCAACGUUCAAUCAAACUUGAAGAAGGUCAUUCUCAUCUUAUUUUAGCUUGUGAUGGUCUUUGGGAUGUUGUUGGUGAUCAAGAAGCUAUUGAUAUUAUUUUGAAAGAAACUGGUUCAAAUGCAAAGCAAAUGAGUGAAAAACUUUUGUUAACUGCUUUGAGAAAAGGUAGCACUGAUAAUAUUAGUAUUAUGGUAAUGUAUCAAAAAAGAUUUAAACAAAGAAGAUAUAUAUAA